CUCUGGUUGAUGGUUCCAGUUUCAGUUUAAGCGAGAAGGAAGCGGGCGGGCGACAGAAGAGAGAGGAAACCGAGCAAGGGUGAGGAGAAUCCGUCGCCCAAGAUCUGAAAUCCUAUUUCUUCACAUUUAGAGGAAUUGUAAAUCAUGAUGUCAGAAAUGGGCGAGCACUUUGAUCAGGUCAAUGAGAUGAUCCAUGAGUACAAGGGUUCAUCAUCAUCUUCAGAUUCGGACAACGACAAGCCUUCCUCUCAUAGUUCAAAGAAGAAGCAUUUAUUUGGGAGGAAGGAACCAGUUCAUGCCUUCCUUGGAGGAGGAAAGUCUGCCGAUAUAUUUCUAUGGAGAAACAAACAAUUAUCUGGAAGCAUAAUUGCAGGAAUUACUGUCAUAUGGCUUCUUUUUGAAUGGAUUGGAUAUCAUCUAUUGACUUUUAUCUGUCAUUCUCUUAUACUUACAUUGGCUACUUGUUUCCUUUGGUCUAAUUCUGCAUCUUUUAUCAAUAGAUCUCCACCAAAAUUUCCUGAAAUUGCGAUACCUGAGGACAUAUUCUUAAGGAUAGUUUGUGCAGUAAGGCAUGAAAUAAAUGAAGCAUUUGCAACUUUUCGAUAUGUUGCCUCUGGGAAGGACUUAAAGAAUUUUUUGAAGGUGAUUGGGGGUUUGUGGAUCCUUUCGAUAGUAGGCAACUGGUUCAGUUUCUUGACCCUUCUAUACAUCGUCGUUAUAUUUGCGUAUACCGCACCGGUCCUGUACGAGAAAUAUGAAGAUCAUGUCGACACAGCUGCAGAGAAGGCAAUGGUUGAAAUUAAGAAGCAAUAUGCCAUCCUCGACACAAAGGUUCUUCAGAAAAUUCCAGGGGCUCCCUUUUCCAUCAAAAAGCAAGACUGAAUCAUUCUCUUCUACAAUGUUUGAGCAACAAUUAAUCUCUGGAACAAAUCUGUAGAUCGCAAUAAUAGAUUACUUUUUGGUCGGGCUAUUUUUACAUAGUUAGUGGAUGCUUGACCUCAAGCCAUCCAUUCUUGCAAUUUUCAAGUGUAUUUUAUGUUUC